GGAAGAGUGAGCGGGGAACACAUUGGGUGGAGCACCUACUACGUCCGGUGUGUUGCGGGUGGUGCUGGUUUCCGCGAAAUGUUCGCGAGAUUGUCCGCGACCCUCCCCCGCCGCUCCGUGUGCGCUGGAGGCCGCGGGCCCCCGGGGGCUCCGCGUGUGUCCCCCUCGUCUGGGCGGGGGGCGCUCAGGACAAGAUAUUUCAGUACUAACAGUGUGAUCUACAGCAAGAAAGAUGAUGCAUCUGUUCCAACCCAGGAUGUUUCCAAGGAGCCAGUCAACAUACAGGAGAAGAAGAAAAAAGACUUGUUGAAUAUUAUUAUGGACAUGAAAGUUGAAUUAAGCGUAGCAAAUGUGCAAACAACAAGGCCACCUGGCAGAAAACCACUUAAAAGUUCGGAGGCUUCAACUGGUAGACAUCAAAAAGGUAGAAGAGCUGCCUCACAGGAGAGUGAGUCCCUCAGUCCUGAGUUGGUGGCUGCUGCAUCUGCUGUUGCAGAUUCUCUCCCUUUUAACAGGCAGACAACCAAGUCAGAGCUGCUCAGACAGCUCCAGCUGCAUGAGGAAGACUUAAAGGCACAGAGAAAUAAAGAAAGACCUAAAAUUAGUUUCAGUAAUUUAAUAUCAGAUAUGAAGAUUGCCAAGUCUCCCACAGCCAGAAGUAGAAGGCCAGUGCAUCAGAUUCAGUUUGAUGAAGGUGCUGAUGAUUUUCUUGACCAAGAGAAGACCAGUGCUCUUAGGACAUGUCUUAACCAAAGUAUAUUCAAGGGGAAGAGACUUAAUAUUUUUGAGAAGUCAGAUGCAGAAGAGGCACCUGAAACAGAGACAACUCCUUCACUUUGGGAUCUGGAAUUUGCUAAGCAGUUAGCCACAGUGAAUGAACAACCGCUUCAGAAUGGUUUUGAAGAGAUGAUCCAGUGGACAAAAGAGGGGAAGCUGUGGACCUUUCCAAUUAACAAUGAGAUAGGUCUUGAUGAUGAUGGCUCAGAGUUUCAUGAGCAUAUAUUUCUGGAUAAAUACCUGGAGGAUUUUCCGAAGCAAGGACCUAUUCGCCAUUUCAUGGAGUUGGUGACUAAUGGCCUUUCCAAAAACCCAUAUUUGAGUGUUAAACAGAAAGUAGAACACAUAGAGUGGUUUAGAAAUUACUUUAAUGAGAAACAGGACAUUCUAAAAAUAAAAUAAUGUACAGUUAAACUGAAGACUAUAGAGAAUUUUUGUUUUAAGUGGUUAGAAAUGAAUAUUACAAUAAAGAAGUUUUACUAGAA